GUGCGGGGCGCUGGGUUUGCGGUCAGGAAGCGUUCCCACUCUCCUUUACCCUGCCAGUGCUCCUGUUCAGCCUGGGAGCUGGUGGUCACCAUGGCAAUGCGGGAACUGGUGGAAGCAGAAUGCGGGGGUGCUAACCCUCUCAUGAAGCUGGCCGGGCACUUCACCCAGGACAAGGCCCUCCGGCAGGAGGGGUUGAGGCCAGGCCCGUGGCCCCCAGGAGCCCCAGCGUCUGAGGGGGUCUCCAAGCCUUUGGGAGUAGCCUCUGAAGAUGAGUUGGUGGCUGAAUUCCUGCAAGACCAGAAUGUGCCGCUUGUAUCCCGUGCCCCUCAGACUUUCAAGAUGGAUGACCUUCUGGCGGAGAUGCAGGAGAUUGAACAGUCAAACUUCCGCCAGGCUCCCCAGAGAGCCCCUGGUGUGGCAGACUUGGCCUUGUCUGAGAACUGGGCCCAGGAGUUUCUUGCAGCUGGAGAUGCUGUGGAUGUAACUCAGGAUUACAAUGAGACUGACUGGUCCCAAGAAUUCAUCUCUGAAGUUACAGACCCCUUGUCGGUGUCCCCUGCCCGCUGGGCUGAGGAGUAUCUGGAACAAUCAGAGGAGAAGCUGUGGCUGGGAGAGCCCGAGGGAACAGCUGCCACUGAUCGCUGGUACGAUGAGUACCAUCCCGAGGAGGAUCUGCAGCACACGGCCAGUGAAUUUGUGGCCAAGGUCGAUGACCCCAAGUUGGCCAACUCCGAGUUCCUGAAAUUCGUGCGGCAGAUUGGCGAGGGGCAGGUGUCCUUGGAGUCCGGUGCAGGGUCGGGCCGAGCUCAGGCAGAACAGUGGGCAGCAGAGUUUAUACAGCAGCAGGGUACAUCAGAUGCCUGGGUUGACCAGUUCACAAGGCCAGGAAACACGUCUUCUCUCGAUAUGGAGUUUGAACGAGCCAAGUCAGCUAUAGAGUCUGAUGUCGAUUUCUGGGACAAGUUGCAGGCAGAGUUGGAGGAGAUGGCAAAACGGGAUGCCGAGGCCCACCCCUGGCUUUCUGACUACGACGACCUCACAACCGCUUCCUAUGAUAAGGGUUACCAGUUUGAGGAGGAGAAUCCCCUCCGAGAUCACCCUCAGCCUUUUGAAGAAGGACUGCGGCGACUUCAGGAAGGGGACCUGCCCAAUGCUGUGCUGCUUUUUGAGGCGGCUGUGCAGCAGGACCCUAAGCACAUGGAAGCGUGGCAGUAUCUGGGCACCACCCAGGCAGAGAACGAGCAAGAAUUACUAGCCAUCAGCGCCCUGCGGAGGUGUCUGGAGCUGAAGCCAGAUAACCGGACAGCCCUGAUGGCACUGGCUGUGAGCUUCACGAAUGAGUCGCUGCAGCGACAGGCCUGUGAGACGCUGCGAGACUGGCUGCGCUACACCCCGGCCUACGCCCAUCUGGUGGCCUCUGGUGAAGAGGGCGCUGGUGGGGCAGGACUGGGCCAUAGCAAGCGAAUCCUGGGAACCCUGUUGUCUGACUCCCUGUUCCUGGAAGUGAAGGAGCUCUUCCUAGCAGCUGUGCGCCUGGACCCUACGUCCAUUGACCCCGAUGUACAGUGUGGCCUGGGCGUCCUUUUCAACCUGAGUGGGGAGUAUGACAAGGCCGUGGACUGCUUCACAGCUGCCCUCAGUGUUCGCCCCAAUGACUACUUGCUGUGGAACAAGCUGGGGGCCACCCUGGCCAAUGGAAACCAGAGCGAAGAAGCAGUGGCCGCUUACCGCAGGGCCCUGGAGCUGCAGCCCGGCUACAUCCGGUCCCGCUAUAACCUCGGCAUCAGCUGCAUCAACCUUGGGGCGCACCGGGAGGCUGUGGAGCACUUUCUAGAGGCCCUGAACAUGCAGAGGAAAAGCCGGGGCCCUCGGGGCGAAGGGGGUGCCAUGUCGGAGAACAUUUGGAGCACCCUGCGUUUGGCGUUAUCCAUGCUAGGCCAGAGCGAUGCCUACGGGGCGGCUGAUGCCCGGGACCUGCCCACCCUCCUCACCAUGUUUGGCCUGCCCCAGUGACAGUGGGAUGGGCUGCCCUGUGAGUGUCUGUCUGGAGGGGUCCCUGCUUUGGAUGUGACUCCCUCUCCCCAAAUGGGCCUGCCAAGGGGGUGGGCUGAUGACCACAAGCGGUACGGCCUCUCGAGAGCUGCCUCGCUGUAGGGGUGGGUGGUUCACGUUCUAGUUCCUGCGUGAUUGUAGGACAGCCGGCUGAGCCUGAGCCCCGUGGUGAUUCCAGGGCCACCCAUCAGCUACACAUCUCUGCUCAUUGUGCCCUUUCUUGGUGCUGCUUUUUGGGUCGGGCCCAACAGUGUAGGGUAACUUGUCCUCAGCUGCCAUUUCUGAUGGGGUCUGCCACGUCUGCACCUGUCUUCCCCCCACUUGUCCCGGGAACUGGUAGCAGUCCAGCUUCCCUGGCAUUGUGUGUGGGUCCUUCUACCGUGCGUGGUAUUGGGGUGGGUUGGCAUUCAGAGAUUGUAUUCAGUCUGACUGUGUCCGGGAUGGGGUGUUUGGAGUUGGCCUGUUUGAAAUGUUGGAUUGGCACAGCUGAGCUGAGUUCUGGUAGGCGUGCCCUUACUUUGCCAUUCUCGGAGCUCCCCUGCCUGUGAGCUCGGGUACGCUGUGAUGCGGUAAUGCUCGCGCGUUAUCAUAGCGGUCCUGUGGAGCUCACAGGGUCAGUUGCUACAGAGAGUGUUUGGGUGUGAGGAAGGAGGAAGUUUCACUCUGAUUCGAGCCUGGGACAGUAGGUGGGCUCUGCCCUGGGGCCUUGUGGGAGCAUAGAGCGGUGGGAAGGGGGAGGUGGUGGUGAGGGCACCUCCUCUUAGAUGCACCUGUGGGUAGAAUGAGCAAAGCGGCCUAGAAAGUCAGAAAUUGCCUUCUUGCCAAAUUCCUAGCAAAGAUGGGGAUUGCUGUUACCACAAGCCUUGCUGUACGUCUUGAAAUGUUUCUAUGGGAGAGCGUUGAAAA